AUGUCUUUUGAUCAGAAGAAGUUUACAAAUUACGUAACUGAGAACUUAAUUGCUGCUCAGGAUCUGGCGAAAGCGAAUAAAAAUCCUGAGAUUUCAAAUGUGCAUUUAGCUGUUUCUAUGUUAAAGGAUCCGAAGGGAUUCCCCUAUCUUGUCUGUCAAAAAGCUGGAGUCGACGUGGAAGUGUUGAAGAAGAAGCUGGAUGAGCAGUUAAAGAAGAUCCCUACGCAGGAUCCUCUUCCUGACGAGAUUUACUUCAGUGCUUCCCUCAGCAAGAUUCUUCGUUUAGCUCAGGAGAAUGCUACUUCGCAGAAGGACUCUCGUGUGGCUCAGGAUCAUGUGCUGGCUGCUAUGUUUAACGACUCUACGAUGAAAUCCUUGUUCGAGAGUGUGGGUUUGACGAAGAAGAAGCUGGACGACGCUAUUAAGGAGAAGAGAGGAUCUGCUCAAGCCGAUUCGGAUGCUCCUGAAGGCGCGUACGACGCUUUGAAUCAGUACGGAGUCGAUCUGGUGAAACAGGCCGAGGAAGGAAAGAUCGAUCCUGUGAUUGGCCGAGACGAGGAAAUCCGUCGCGUGAUCCGAAUUCUGUGUCGUCGAACCAAGAACAACCCUGUUCUGAUCGGUGAGCCUGGUGUGGGAAAGACCGCAAUCGUGGAAGGUCUCGCGAACCGAAUCGUCCAGGGCGAUGUCCCUGAAACCCUUCGCGUUCGCUUGAUCUCUCUGGAUCUGGGAGCGCUGAUCGCAGGUGCCAAAUACCGUGGAGAAUUCGAAGAGCGACUGAAGGCUGUGAUGAACGAAGUGAAGCAGAGCGAGGGCAAAAUCAUUCUGUUUAUCGAUGAAAUGCACUUGCUUCUGGGCGCUGGAAAGACGGACGGCGCGAUGGACGCUGCGAAUCUGCUGAAGCCCAUGCUGUCGCGAGGUGAAUUGCGAGUCAUCGGCGCUACGACACUGGAGGAAUACAAGAAAUACGUUGAGAAGGACGCCGCGUUCGAGCGACGAUUCCAGCAAGUGUAUGUGGGCGAACCCAGCGUGGAGGACACCGUGAGUAUUCUGCGAGGCUUGAAAGAUCGCUAUGAGCGAUAUCACGGCGUUCGCAUCGAUGACUCGGCGCUGGUUUUGGCUGCGAAAUUGUCGCACCGAUACAUCCAGGAUCGAUUCCUGCCCGAUAAGGCGAUCGAUCUCGUGGAUGAGGCGUGCGCGAACAUUCGCGUGCAGCUGGACAGCCAGCCCGAGGAAAUCGAUCGACUGGAGCGCAAGCAGCUGCAGCUGGAGAUCGAGCAGACGGCGAUGGAGAACGAGAAGGACGAAGCCAGCAAAGCGCGGUUAGAGAAGGUGAAGGAGGAGCUGCAGGAAGUAAGAGAGCAGUUGAAGCCGCUGAUGAUGCGCCAUGAGAAAGAGAAGGAAGGAAUGGACGAGCUCCGCCGAUUGAAGAACAAAGUCGCGGAGACGCAGAACAAAAUCGAAGCGGCCAAGCGAGUGCACGACACCGCGCGUGCCUCCGACCUUCAGUAUUACGUGCUUCCCGACUUGGAAGAAGCGAUUAAGCGCCAAGAAGAAGAGAUCGAGAAGCAGAAAGACUCGCGAAUGCUCAAAGAAGAAGUGACUGCGAACGACAUUUGCCACGUGGUGAGCAACUGGACGGGCAUUCCGAUGGAUCGCCUCAGCACUUCCGACCGCGAUCGCUUGAUCCAGCUCCCGCAGCGACUCAGCGAGAAGGUUGUUGGACAAUCGGCGGCCAUCGAGGCGGUCAGCAACGCCAUUCUUCGCUCCCGCGCGGGGCUUUCGCGCGAAGGAAAGCCGACUGGCUGCUUCCUCUUCCUGGGUCCCACCGGCGUGGGCAAGACCGAGCUGGCGAAGAAACUGGCGCUGGAGCUGUUCAACGAUGAGAAGCACAUCGUGCGAAUCGAUAUGUCGGAGUACAUGGAGAAACACUCCGUGUCGCGAUUGGUCGGCGCGCCUCCAGGCUACGUGGGCUACGAAGAGGGCGGCGAGUUGACCGAAGCGGUGCGUCGCCGUCCGUACAACGUGAUUCUGCUGGAUGAAGUGGAGAAGGCGCAUCCGGAUGUGUGGAAUCUGUUCUUGCAGGUGUUCGACGAUGGACGACUGACCGACAAACAAGGCCGAACGGUGGAUUUCUCGAACACGGUGAUCAUCAUGACGUCGAAUUUGGGCGCGGAUAUCUUGCUGCAGGACCGAGAAAACACGAUGAAUGCGGAGAAUGGAGGCCGGAAGAGAGGCAGCUCAUCGGAUUCGGACUCGGAUCUGAAGCGAAUGUGCGGAAAUCAGAAGCAGCGCGUGAUGCAGGUGAUUCGAAGCCACUUCCGACCCGAGUUUUUGAACCGACUGGACGAGAUCAUCAUGUUCAAUCCGCUGGGAUAUGAGCAGAUGAAGAAGGUGAUGAAGCUCCAGAUUGACGAGCUGAAUAACCGCCUGAAGGAGCAGAACAUCGCGCUGGAGGCGGACGAUUCGGCGCUGGAGAAGAUCAUGAAGGACGCGUACGAUCCGCUGUAUGGAGCGCGUCCGUUGAAGCGCUACAUCGAGAGAGCGAUCGUUACCGACUUGAGCAAGCGGCUGAUUGCGGGAACGAUCAUGCCUGGGUUUGUGUAUUCCCUGUCUGCGAAGAAUGGGGUGUUCGAGUAUCAGAAGAAGCGUGCUUAUGCGACUACUGCCUAAUUGCUGUAACUGCGGUCAUUUUUAGUGUAUCGAUCGUAAUAUAGUGAAUGUAAAAU